CGCAGAAUCCGCGGCACAGUCGCGAGGAGCGCGCGCACCGCACCACGCGGCAACGACACGAACGACCCGCGAGACAUAACACACGGCAAUUGUUUGACUAAUAUGUGAUUUUAUAUAAGACUAUUUAAAAAAUAUUUAAUCGUAAUAUAAGGAUCUCGUUUAUAGUUUUACUAUAAGUUAUUAAUCGUUUAUUUAUUGAAAGUGGGACCAAAAUGACGAUAAAAAAUAAAAAGACUAAAUCGAAGACGUCCGAGGCGUCGACUAGUGCGAGCAGUGUGCAGAAGUCCAGCUCGAGCACGUCCACGACCGUGCAGCAUAGUAGCAACACGCUGCAGAAGGUGUCGUCCGGCAAGAAAGUGCGCUACAUCCAGGUGAAGGUGGAGGAAGAUGAUCCUCUCAUGAUCACGGAGAUCUCGGACAACAUGUCGCACAGCGGCUCCACCGUGUCUGAAGCCUACAACAGCCAUCCUCACUACAUCAUCGCCGAAGCACCUUCCAUGACCGAUUUAUCCCAGCUGCCUCAAUCCCGCCAAGAUCACCAUGUCAGCGACAUGGUACAGUCCACCACCGGCGAGUUUGUAUCGAGCUCCCUGCACGAGUCCUCGACUUCGCACCAGCAGAGCUCGACCAGUGAAACAUUCCAAUCGUCGUCCGCAUCUGUGCAGCGUUCAGGAUCUAGUCACAGCCGCAGUCAACUUGAAAGCAGUGUCGAUGCUACCGGCAGCCAGACACUUAAUACCGGUUUUAUUGAUAACUCGGUUCGUGACAAUUCCGGCGUGAAUACGAAAUUUUUGUCCAGAUCUCAAGGCGCUAAUUCUACUAAUUCGUUCCUCGAGAUGGAACGUCAGGAACUUACGUCUCAGUCUUCGAACGCGCAUACUAGUGCUACUACAGAAGCUACGACGACUAGUUCAACUCAUCAAUCAUCGCAACAGCAUUCAGAUCACCAUCACCAACAUCACAAAAAUGUAACUGGAGAUAAAAUAACCGGUCAGAACUUCACUCCUAAAGGUAAAAACGUGCAAACUGUACGAUCGGACUCCUCUAAUUUCUAUGGAGGCGAAGGUACUCUUGACAAAAACGCCAAAACAAAACAAUACAGCAGCACGUCGCAUACCAGUGAGGCUAAAAGUAGCAGUGUGACUAAAUCAUCGUCAUCGUCGUAUGUCGUGGAAAUUGUCGACGGCAAAGAACGAAUUAUCGACAGUUCAAGCAGGGAAUGGGGAGAUGCCCAAAAGCAAGCCACCAGUGAAGCCUACGCCAGUGUAAGCGGCAGCGACAUUAAGCCUCAAUCAGUGCACAGCGUGCAGAAUUACGACAUGAAGUCCAAAUAUGAUACUGGGAAACCAGGUCAAAAACCUUCCAGUCAAAUGACCAUUAAAGAAGACUCAAAGCUUGUUAAAGACGGAAACCAGAUUACCACUCAUUCAAGCGUUGUUUCUGAAAAAGACAAUGCAAAACAGCGUCAAAUUAGUUCUACAAAAGAGCAAUUGCUGUCGUCUGAUCAACAGUACAAUGCGUCAACUUCAGAUACUUCCAAACAUGUCAAAGACCAACUUAAUAAAACUACCACAUUUGAUACUUCAAAGCAUGUCCUUGACCAACAAAAACAUACAACUGUAUCAGACACAACUAGCCAUCAAGUAAGUGAACAGCGUAGCACGUCAACUUCUGAUACUACCAACAUUCAGAAGAGCAGCAAUAUCGUUGAAAGCAUCAAUAAAAGUAACGAAACUGUUAAUGAGAGAAGAAAGAACUUAAAUCAAACUGAUUCAUCGAACUUUUAUGGCUAUGAUUCAACUAUACAAAAUGAAUUGCAAAAAGUUGGCGAUAUUUUGAAUGUAAGAAAUGUGGACAACCUUAACUUCUCAACUAAAAUUAUGAAGAGCAACACAAGCAGUGCACAACAAGCAUCUACGUCUUCAUACAGAAUUGAAAUAGUCGAUGGAAAGGAAUCAGUCGUCGAUAGCUCUCACCGAGAAUGGGGCGACAGCAAGGAUCAUUCCACGUACGAAAAGAGUCACAAUGUUAGUGGGACUGGAAUCAAACCAGAACACGAGUACCGUCGUCAUGUUCUCGAUAAAGAAUCUCAUUAUGAUACAGGGAAAAAAGGAGUCCCCACUAGUUCUACCCAGAUUACAGAGGAAUCGCUUUUGGUAAAGGAUGGCCAAGAAAUAGCCUCAACAAGCAAUACUUAUAUAGGCGAUUUCACUAAGAAACAAGCAAUAACUGACCAUACUGACACUGAAGAUAUCUUGAAUAAGAGAAUCCAAGAUACUACUGAUAGAUCUAAUAUUACUGAUUCUACUACUUAUCACUCAACAAUGACCGAUACUAAGUCUUCAAAUGUAAACAUUAAAGAUACGACUGAUUUUGUAAACAUAGAGAAGCAAAACUUGACUAAAGAAAAUAGUUCAACAUCUCAAACUAAAGAUACUUUGACCACUUAUGAACAAAGUACUGGGACCUGGAAUGGUAAAUUUACCUAUGAAACUGAUGAUGACAGGCCAAAAAGACCGAAAGAAAUGUCACCUUUUGGUAGACCGGAACCGAGGCACCAUCUAAAGCGCCAGGAUACUGAAGAAAACAUAAUUUUAUCUUCAAGAGAUAUUAAGGAUUUCACAUCUAUAACAGACUUGAGAAAGAUCAUUGAAUCUACACAAUCUAAGAAAGACGUAACAGUCAGUGAUAAGAGCAUUGUUAUCAAACGAAACAUAGAUGACAGGGUUUUGAAGGACAUUCUUGAAACAGUCAAGAAAUAUCCAUUCAAAAGAAUCGAGAAAGUGACUUUUGGUACAAAAAUAAAUGAAGAUGUCAAGGAUCUUUAUGAAGGAAUAGACACCGAGGAGCAAACAACCGUAAUUAACACCAGCAGCACCGAUGUGAUUAAGAAAUCAUUCCAAGUGGAGAAGAAUAGAAGUCAGGUCGAGGUUAUCAGAUACGUUAAUGAGAACGGUAUCAAAACAAGGAUUGUUACUUACGAGGACGCGAAAGAAGAUGAUAAAGUGAAAACAAACGUAUACGUAGACAAUACUUCGUCGUUAGACGUCAAAAACUUGACCGACGUUCGUACGACGAAAGACGUAUUGCGCGAAUACGACGUGGUGGACCACGCCAUCACCGAAGAUGUGACCACCGUCCGCUCUGUUUACGACGAGAAGAUCGACAGGAAAACAGUGCGAGACGACAGGACCACCGUGGACGAGACGGUCAUCCAGGAGACCAGGACACGCGGGCCCAAGAAACCCGAGAAGACCGUCGUCAAGGAGCAGUGUAUUUGCGAAAUCUGCACUUGUGGGCGUCACCGCUGCCCACACAACGAUGUCCCGGAGCCAUUGUUCGAUGUGGCGCACACGACGAGCGUGGUCUCCGCGUACAAGCAAGACUACGACGAGAAGCACGUCAGCCGCACCACCGCCGUCCACCACGAGGACCAUCUUCGCCUUGAGGGCGAUUUCCAGAAGCCCGAGCGCCAAGAGUGGCACCCGGCCGAGCGGCCCAAACCCACCAAACCAGAGGACAAUCUUAGACCCGAGGGCGAUUUUGAGAAGAGGCGUCCCGAAGAAUGGCGUCCCGGCGACAGAGCUCCCGUGAAACGGCCAGAAGACAACCUCAAACCAGAGGGUGAGUUUGAAAAACGCCGUCCUGAUGAAUGGCAACCGGGAGACCGUGCUCCUGUCCGCAAGCCUCAGGACAAUCUUCGCCCCGAAGGCGAUUUUGAAAAACGGCGCCCGGAGGAAUGGAAGCCUGGGGACCGUGCUCCCGUUCGUCGUCCCGAUGAUAACUUAAGGCCGGAAGGCGCCUUUACCACUCCUGAAAAAGAACAAUGGCGUCCAGCAGAAAGGCAGAGGCCGAAAAAGCCAGAAGACAAUUUGAGACCUGAGGGCGAGUUCACUUCUCCCGAGAAAGAGCCCUGGCAGCCUGCCGAUAGGCAGAAACCCAAAAAGCCAGAGGACAACCUUAGACCAGAGGGUGACUUUGAAAAGCGACGUCCUGAGGAGUGGCGCCCGGGAGAUAGGGCUCCAGUACAUAAGCCCGAGGAUAAUUUAAGACCCGAAGGAGAAUUCACUUCACCUGAGAAAGAACCUUGGCGUCCAGCUGAGAGGCAGAAGCCUAAGAAACCAGAAGACAACUUAAGGCCUGAAGGUGAUUUUGAGAAACGUAAACCCGAAGAAUGGCAGCCAGGUGACAGAGCUCCGGUACGAAAACCGGAGGAUAACCUCAGACCAGAAGGUGAUUUCGAAAAACGCCGACCAGAAGACUGGCAGCCAGCGGACCGACAAAAACCCAAGAAACCCCAAGAUAACUUGAGGCCAGAAGGAUAUUUCGAAACACAGAAGCCUGAUGAAUGGCGGCCCGCUGAACGCCGUGAACCAACGAAGCCUAAAGAUAACCUCAAACCUGAAGGUGACUUUGAAAAACCGAAACAUGAUGAAUGGCGGCCGGCUGAAAGGCAGACUCCCAAGAAACCGCAAGACAAUCUCAGACCUGAAGGUGAUUUCGAAAAGAGAAGACCUGAAGAAUGGCAACCAGGUGACCGAGCCCCAGUCCGUAAGCCAGAGGAUAAUUUGAGGCCUGAGGGAGAUUUCGAAAAACGCCGACCAGAGGAUUGGCAGCCUGCUGAUAGACAGAAACCUAAAAAACCUCAAGAUAAUCUGAGACCGGAAGGUGAUUUUGAAACCCAAAAGCCCGAUAAAUGGCGCCCCGCUGAACGACGUGAACCAACUAAGCCGAAAGAUAACCUUAAACCUGAGGGUGAUUUUGAAAAACCUAAGCACGAGGAGUGGCGUCCAGCUGAAAGGCAAACUCCUAAGAAACCCCAAGAUAAUCUCAGGCCAGAAGGUGAAUUUGAAUCUCCAAGGCACGAGGAAUGGCGUCCUGCAGAAAGACCAGAAGUUAAGAAGCCGAAAGAUAAUUUAAGACCUGAAGGUGAAUUUGAAAAACCCAAGCAUGAUGAAUGGCGGCCAGCUGAAAGACAGACUCCCAAAAAACCGCAAGAUAAUCUCAGACCAGAGGGAGACUUCGAAACCCAAAAGCCCGAUCAAUGGCGUCCGGCGGAACGUAGAGAGCCUACCAAACCCAAGGACAACCUCAAACCAGAAGGCGACUUCGAGCAGCCAAAGCAUGAUGAGUGGCGUCCAGCAGAGAGGCAGACUCCUAAAAAGCCUCAAGAUAAUCUCAAGCCUGAAGGAGACUUUGCUCAACGCCAGCCUGAAGAGUGGCGCCCGGGCGACAGAGCUCCAGUGCGUCGUCCCGAAGACAACCUUAAGCCAGAAGGAGAAUUCACUUCUCCUGAAAAAGUACCUUGGAGACCGGCAGAACUACAGAAGCCCAAGAAACCGGAAGAUAAUCUGAAACCUGAAGGAGAAUUCACAUCUCCGAAAAAAGAUGAAUGGAGACCGGCAGAGAAAGCUGUAGUGAAGAAGCCAGAAGACAAUCUUCGACCCGAAGGAGAGUUUACCAAGAGAACAACAGACUACACGGUUGUGACUGGCGAGAGGGCUGAAAUAAUACGCCGCACCGAUAACAUCAUCACUGAAGGAGAAUUCACAGAUACCACUACGUCUCGCACCGAAUACACAGUAAAACCAGUGGAAAGACCAAAACCUGUACGACGCAACACUUGGACAAAGAUCGAAGGAGAAAUGACCACAGAUACAACAUCAAAAUCUGAAUACAUCGACUAUACAGACAUCGUUGAAAGAACUGUUAUAUCUACGAAGAAAACGGACAAUUUGAUUCAAAAGGGUGAAAUUGACUUCGUUACUUCUAACCAAGAAGAUUAUACGCAAAAAAUGACUCCAGUGGAACGUCCCCAAAGACGUCGCACUUGGACUAAAGAAGAUUUUGAGAAGUUUUAUUCAACAGAUGACCUGCAAAAAGUUACGACAACACAAGAAGAAUACAGGACAUAUGAAGAAACUGACAUCAGACAGCAACAGAUUAUCAGGAAAGAUAACCUCCACAUGGAGGGAACGUUUGAAACUCACACUGUGUCUCAUGAUGCUUAUCAAGGCCCUGAGCUGACUGAAAGGCCAAAACAGAAGAAGCCAAUAGACAAUCUUCGGCCUGAAGGUGAAUUUGAGACUCCUAAGCAAGACAAGUGGCGUCCCGCUGAGCGACGAGAAAUUACUAAGCCAAAGGACAACCUGAAACCAGAAGGAGAAUUCGAAUCACCCAAACACGAAGAGUGGCGUCCCGCUGAAAGGCCAGAGGUGAAGAAACCUAAGGAUAACCUGAGACCAGAAGGCGAUUUUGAAAAACCAAAACAUGAAGAAUGGCGCCCCGCCGAACGUCAAACGCCUAAGAAACCACAAGACAACUUGCGCCCCGAAGGAGAUUUUGAAACACAGAAGCCCGAUGAAUGGCGUCCUGCUGAACGUCGUGAGCCGACAAAGCCUAAGGAUAACCUCAAACCGGAGGGUGAAUUUGAAAAACCUAAACACGACGAAUGGCGUCCGGCAGAGCGACAAACUCCAAAGAAACCGCAGGAUAAUUUAAAACCUGAAGGUGAAUUUGAAUCUCCUCGGCACGAGGAAUGGCGUCCAGCUGAGCGGCAAACUCUCAAGAAGCCUCAAGAUAAUUUGAGACCUGAGGGCGAUUUCGAGACUCAAAAACCAGAUCAGUGGCGUCCAGCGGAACGCAGAGAGCCAACUAAACCUAAGGACAACCUCAAACCAGAGGGAGAAUUCGAGCAGCCGAAGCACGAGGAGUGGCGCCCAGCCGAGCGUCAAACUCCGAAAAAGCCUCAAGACAAUCUGCGCCCUGAAGGUGAUUUCGAGACUCAGAAACCCGAUGAAUGGCGUCCUGCCGAACGUCGUGAGCCGACAAAGCCCAAAGAUAACUUAAAACCAGAAGGUGAAUUUGAAAAGCCAAAACAUGACGAGUGGCGACCAGCCGAGAGACAAACUCCUAAAAAGCCCCAAGAUAAUCUAAAGCCUGAAGGUGAAUUUGAGUCACCCAAGCAUGAGGAAUGGCGCCCAGCGGAAAGACCUGAAGUUAGAAAGCCAAAAGAUAAUCUUAAGCCUGAAGGUGAUUUCGAGACGCAAAAGCCUGACCAGUGGCGUCCUGCUGAACGUCGUGAACCGACAAAGCCUAAAGAUAAUCUUAAACCUGAAGGAGACUUUGCGACUCAGAGGCCCGAGGUAUGGCGCCCUGCUGAACGUCGUGAACCUACUAAGCCUAAAGAUAACUUAAAACCAGAGGGUGAAUUUGAGAAACCGAAGCAUGACGAAUGGCGUCCAGCAGAACGCCAAACUCCUAAGAAACCGCAAGAUAAUUUAAGACCAGAAGGUGAAUUCGAGUCUCCGAAGCACGAAGAGUGGCGCCCUGCCGAACGACCUGAAGUGAAAAAGCCAAAGGACAAUUUAAGGCCUGAAGGAGAUUUCGAGACUCAGAAACCCGAUGAAUGGCGCCCCGCUGAACGUCGCGAGCCUACUAAACCUAAGGACAAUCUGAAACCAGAGGGUGAAUUUGAAAAACCCAAGCACGACGAAUGGCGUCCGGCUGAGAGACAGACUCCUAAGAAACCUCAAGAUAACUUGAAACCGGAAGGAGACUUUGAACAACCGACACAUGAGGAAUGGCGACCAGCAGAAAGGCAGACUCCUAAAAAGCCACAAGACAAUCUGCGACCCGAAGGUGACUUUGAAACUCAAAAACCAGACCAAUGGCGUCCCGCUGAACGUCGUGAACCUACUAAACCUAAGGAUAACCUUAAACCCGAGGGUGACUUUGAGACACAAAAACCUGAUGAGUGGCGCCCCGCUGAACGUCGAGAGCCAACCAAGCCCAAAGACAACCUGAAACCUGAGGGUGAAUUCGAAAAACCCAAACACGAUGAGUGGCGUCCCGCCGAGAGACAAACCCCUAAGAAGCCCCAAGACAACCUAAAACCAGAGGGCAAAUUUGAGCAGCCCAAACACGAAAAAUGGCAGCCCGCAGAACGCCCAGAGGCGAAGAAACCCAAAGACAACCUUAAGCCUGAGGGAGAUUUCGAAACUCAGAAGCCAGAGGAAUGGCGCCCCGCGGAGCGCCGCGAACCGACAAAGCCUAAAGAUAAUCUGAGACCUGAAGGUGAAUUCGAGAAACCUAAGCAUGACGAAUGGCGCCCAGCGGAGCGGCAAACUCCUAAGAAGCCGCAAGAUAAUUUAAGACCAGAAGGUGAAUUUGAAUCUCCAAGGCACGAGGAAUGGCGACCUGCGGAGAGGCCAGAAGUUAGAAAACCAAAAGAUAACUUAAGGCCUGAAGGUGAGUUUGAAAAACCCAAGCACGACGAAUGGCGCCCUGCUGAGAGGCAGACACCUAAAAAACCUCAAGACAAUCUGAAACCUGAAGGUGACUUCCAACAGCCUAAACACGAGGAGUGGCGUCCGGCCGAACGCCAAACACCGAAAAAACCUCAGGAUAAUUUACGCCCUGAAGGAGAUUUCGAAAAACCAAAACAUGACGAAUGGCGACCAGCAGAGAGGCAAACUCCUAAAAAGCCUCAAGAUAAUCUCAAGCCCGAAGGUGAGUUUGAGUCACCCAAACCUGAGCAGUGGCGCCCUGCGGAAAGGCCCGAAGUCAGGAAACCAAAGGAUAACCUCAAACCCGAAGGUGACUUCGAGACACAAAAGCCUGAUCAAUGGCGCCCCGCUGAACGCCGCGAGCCGACUAAACCUAAGGACAAUUUGAAACCAGAGGGUGAAUUCGAAAAACCGAAGCACGAUGAGUGGCGUCCGGCUGAAAGGCAAACACCCAAGAAACCUCAAGACAAUCUUAAGCCUGAAGGUGAAUUUGAGCAGCCGAAACACGAUAAAUGGCAACCCGCUGAACGCCCGGAGGUCAAGAAACCGAAAGAUAACUUGAAACCAGAAGGAGAUUUUGCGACACAAAAACCAGAUGAAUGGCGCCCUGCAGAACGCCGAGAACCAACUAAGCCUAAAGAUAAUCUGAAACCAGAAGGUGAAUUCGAGAAACCAAAACACGACGAAUGGCGUCCUGCUGAAAGGCCUGAAGUUAAGAAACCUAAGGAUAACCUUAAGCCGGAAGGUGAAUUUGAGAAACCUAAGCACGAUGAGUGGCGCCCAGCUGAUCGUCAAACUCCCAAGAAACCGCAAGAUAAUCUCCGACCCGAAGGCGAUUUCGAAAAGCCCAAACAUGACGAAUGGCGUCCGGCUGAAAGACCUGAAGUUAAAAAACCGAAAGACAACUUACGACCUGAAGGAGAAUUCGAAAAGCCCAAACAUGAUGAAUGGCGUCCAGCGGAACGCCAAACACCUAAGAAGCCUCAGGACAAUCUAAAACCUGAAGGUGAGUUUGAAACUCCUAAACAUGACAAAUGGCGCCCUGCCGAAAGGCCUGAAGCUAAGAAACCGAAAGACAACUUGAAACCUGAAGGUGAAUUUGAAAAACCUAAACACGACGAGUGGCGGCCUGCUGAAAGGCAAAAACCUAAAAAACCUCAAGACAAUUUGCACCCAGAGGGCGAGUUCCAAAACCAAAACACGAUGAGUGGCGGCCAGCAGAAAGGCCCGAAGCUAAAAAGCCUAAAGAUAAUCUAAGACCUGAAGGUGACUUCGAAAAGCCAAAGCAUGAUGAGUGGAAGCCUGCUGAACGGCAGACACCUAAAAAACCACAGGACAACCUCCGUCCAGAGGGAGAAUUCGAGACUCCAAAGCAGGAUAAGUGGCGGC